UCCUAUCUCAAUGUUUUAAUGUAUCACAGCAAAAUUAUUUUUACGCAGUCACCGUUUUUGGAACUUCCGGUCAAAACAAAUCUCACGUGUACAAGAAAAAUGGUUAAAUUAAAUAAGAAAAGUAAGAGGCAAACCACAAGACUUAGGGCUAAAAUUGAGAAAAAGGUGAGGGAGCAUAAGAGAAAACAGAAAAGAGAUUCAAAGAAGCACCCUACCAAGAAAAGGAAAGAUCCUGGAGUGCCAAACAGCUUACCAUUCAAGGAAAAUAUCUUGAAGGAAGCUGAGGAUAGGAAAAGACAACUGGAAGAGGAAAGACAGAAGCAGAAAGAAAGAAGGAAGAAAGAGAAACAGAAAAUGCUGGACAAGAAGAGAGGACUGGAUGGUAUGGUUAAAGAUGCUCUGAAAAGAGCUAAUGACUUUGAGAAAAAGCAAAACUCAAAGGGGCCAUCUGACCAGAUGAAGUCAAAGAAAGUGGAAUCAUCAUUAAAGACGUUCUAUAAAGAAUUCAGAAAGGUUGUUGAUGCUGCAGACGUUGUGUUAGAAGUUCUUGAUGCUAGAGAUCCACUUGGUUCCCGGUGUCAACAGAUGGAAGAGGCUGUCAUUGGAGCAGGAACCAACAAACGCUUGGUCCUCAUUCUCAAUAAAAUAGAUUUAGUACCAAAAGAGAAUGUUGAAGCAUGGUUGAAAUAUUUAAAGAACCAGUACCCAGUGAUUGCUUUUAAAGCGUCCACUCAAACACAGAAUGAAAAUCUAGGUCGGAAAAAAUUAGAAUUUCAAAAAGCCAAUGAGGAUUUGAUAAAGACAAGCAGUUGUUUGGGUGCCGAUACGUUGAUGAAACUUCUAGGAAACUACUGUAGGAGUAAAGAUAUUAAAACUGUGAUAAGGGUUGGAGUUGUUGGUUUACCAAAUACAGGAAAGAGUAGUAUUAUCAACAGUUUGAAGAGAGGAAAAGCAUGUAGUGUAGGGGCUACACCUGGAAUAACAAAACAAAUGCAGGAAGUCCAGUUGGACAAACAUAUACGACUUCUAGAUAGUCCUGGGGUUGUUAUGGCAACAGACAAGUCUGACACAUCUGUUAUUCUCAGAAAUUGUGUCCAGCUUGAAAGUCUGCAAGAUCCAACAACCCCUGUAGAAGCUAUUCUCAGAAGAUGCAAUAAGCAACAGAUGAUGUUACAUUAUUGUAUAACAGAGUAUAAAGACGUGAAUGAGUUCCUAUCAUUGCUGGCUGUUAGAUUAGGAAGAUUAAAGAAAGGAGGUGUACCUGAUGUUACUAGAGCAGCAAGAACUGUGUUACAGCACUGGAAUAUGGGCAAAAUAAAUUAUUACACUCAUCCUCCUGAGAAGUCAGAAUCACAAGUGAGUUCAGAAAUAGUUACACAGAUGGGGAAGGAGUUUGACAUGGAUAGUUUACUCUCAGAUCAACAAAAAAUUAUUGAUACUUUAGAUAAGAAAAGUACAAAACAUAUGUUAGUGGAGUCCAUGGGUCCUGCUAAAGUUGUUAUGAAUGUUGAAGAUGUUAACAAGGUAACCAUGGAAACUGGAGAUGACGAUAAUGAGGAGGAGGAAGAUGAUGAUGAAGAAGAAGAAGAUGAUGAUGAAGAAAUGGAUGAGGUGGAAAGUGAAGAGGAAGAACAAAGUGGAGAAGAGAUGGAAGGUGAUGAAGAUGAAGAGAUGGAAACAGUUACUGUUUCUCUACCAAAAAGUGCACCGAGAUCUCGUAAGAAUACAGACAGUAGUACAACAUCAAGUAAAACAUCAACAACUGCAAGCACAAAGUCUAGUAAUCUUAACCCUGGUUUACCACAAUUAAAUAAAGCAAAGAAAAUGGACUUUAAGAAGAUGAAGAAACAAAGGCGAAGGAGGGAUCGUGUUGCCGGGGAAUUAUCAGAUGCAUUGACGUCUGCUUUUUCAAUGGACAAUAAUGAUGCAGGUGGUGAUUCUUACAAUUUUGACGAGCAUUUCUAACAUCAUUUUAUUCUGGAGAACAAUUAUUGAAUAUCUUGUGGAAAUAUUGAUAGGAUUAUAUGGUUGAGGUUUCCAGUCACAAUGCUUAUUUGAAAUUUAAUAAAUGUACUGCCCAAAAUAAAUAUUAAGGAUUAUCAUUAAAGAAACUAACACAUUUAUAUACAAACAUGUUAGAAGCUAAGUUUCAGGAUAAAAGAAAUCUCACAAAGUUGAGAAACUGCAGAAUACUUUGAGUUCUUGCUGAUACAUAGAAUUUUUAAAUAUUUUGCUGUGGACAGUAAUUAUAGUAAUCAUUAUAAUAUUAUAUGUGAUUUAUGAAUUUCGUAUUAAAUCAUUACAUUUUUUGGCAAUUUAGAAAGUUGUUCAUGUAUUGAAAUAAAAAAUUAAUUUUAGAA